ACCCCAGCAACCGGGGCAGUCAGUUAAACCAUCGGUCAGGCUACGGGACCUAGUAGAUAUGGGCCUCUAGGACUACCACGUGGAAUGUGCUGUGGUGAGUGAAAUGUAGUUCUAGUGACAUUAGAAAGCAGGCACACGACAAAGCCACCAUGGACCAGUUUCGUGACUUAUUCGCAAAAUUAGACAAGAAUAAUGACGGGUUCGUUUCUGUGGAGGAGCUCCAUAAUGAAAUGAGAAGAAUUGGCGUUACUGCGGCACAGGAAAAAUCACAGACCAUUGUGAAUAAUUACGACCAGAACAAGGAUGGACGUCUUGACUACGAUGAGUUUUUGGGCUACAUUAUGGACAGAGAAAGAAAAUGGAUAAUUAACUUCCAUGCACUUGACAAAAAUAAAUGUGGGGUCAUUGACCAAGGAGACAUUAUCGAGCUGUUCAAGGAGUUGGGUGUGGUAAUAACCAAACGAAAUGCAAAGAAAAUCAUUCAAAUGAUGGACGAAGACAGCUCAAUGACUGUUGACUGGGAUGAAUUCUUACACCACAUUAUUCUAAACCCAGCAGAAGAUAUUAAAGAACUUGUAUCGUCUUGGAAACAUAGCCUGGUAUUUGAUGUGGGGGAGAGCCGCUCCAUGUCUCUUCAGCAAGAGACAGAUGUUUCUCUCCGUGGAAACUUUGUAGUGGCAGCAGGCCUGGCAGAUGCUGUAUCUAGGACAGUUACCGCACCAAUCGAUCGCCUAAAAACAUUGCUCCAGGUGAAGGGGUCCAAAGCGGUCUCAUUUGGCAUGACAGAGCUGCGGGCUGGAGGCCUCAGGUCCAUGUGGCAGGGGAACAUGGUCAAUGUCCUGAAGGGAACGCCGCAGUCAACCCUACAGUGCAUCCUCUAUGCACAGAUGAAGUCCCUGACUGGGGGUCAGAGGGAGACCCUCUCCAUUCAGCAUCGAUUUGGCAUGGGCUGUGUUUCAGGAGCAAGUGCCCAUGCUGUCUUCUAUCCUCUAGAGGUUCUAAAAGUGCGACUCAAUCUUCAGCAAGCAAGCACUUAUUAUGGAGUGUUCAGAUGUGCAAGGACAAUUUAUCAGAAUGAAUCGGUUGCAGCCUUCUACAGAGGGUUUAAGCCAAGUAUUCUGUGCAUGAUUCCCUAUGCUGGAGUCGAGUGUGCAGUCCAUCAGUCCAUCAUGAGCUGGGUGAAAAGGGACCCAGCAUACAACAGUGAAGCCAAGCUGUUCCUCUUCAGCUUUGUGGCGUUUGCUUCUGGACAGGCCACCAGCUAUCCCUUAGCAGUGAUUCGUACUCGACAGCAAGCUCAUGCUCUCAGCACCAGUUCACAGCAGGCUUCCAGCCUGGGCUUACGGCAAGCAUUCCUCAGUAUUUAUGAAAGGCAAGGGGCAAGAGGCUUCUACAGCGGAAUGGGGACCAGUUUUGUUAGAGCUGUCCCAUGUGCCUUACUUAAUUACACAUUGAUGGUAAAGUUUGAAUCACUGUUUUCUCAGUGAAACCUCAUGUUGAUGAGAUAUGAUCACUUACUUUGAUCACUUACUGACGGGAAAACUGUAUGAAUAAUGAAAAUAUGACUGAAGCAGACUGUGAUUGAGAAUGAAAUUGCAAAAAGAAUAUUCUGUUAAGAUUAUUAUUCUAAUAAGUGGACCAUUGCAAAUCUGCAUUUUCUAGCAAGCAAUAAAAUGGCAGACUGAACCAUGAUGAUUAUUACAUUCAGGAUUUGUUUAUUUGCGAAGGAAAAGGCCAAUGUAGACUGAUUUUUGAUUAGUAUUCAGUUUGCUUUACAUGUCUUUUUAAAAGCAAUGGGUUGUUUUCAUUGACAAUUAUUUCAUUACAAUUAUACUUGUUUUGUUGUUU